AUGGCCCCCAGAGGAAUAUGCUUCGAAUUUGCUGCCACAGGAUGUUGCAAGCGCAAGCAAUGCAGAUUCAUUCAUUCGGCACCUGGGAGCGACCAGGCUCCCCCUCCCGAGGAAUCAAAUCGGCGUGGUAACUCUAAUACGUCCGGAAGACAGCAAAUUCUCUCGAUCUCGGAAAAGGAACGUCAAGAUUGGAAGAAGAGUAUGCCGUCGGGCUCGACACAUCAUCCCUUGCUUCUCUUCAAACUGGGGUCUUUCUUCCAGGAAGCCAGGCGGCUUUUGGAUGGGGAUGCCGGUGUUAAUCAACCUGUGGUCAAAACUUUAGCCCAUGAGGAUGGGUUACGAUGUAUUCGCGAGCUUGUCGAACAAGACUUUAAUGGCAUGCCUAAUAAUCGAAAGUACGCCGUGUUCUCCACGCAGGUAUUGCCAUUCCUUGAGACUGUUACGCAUCCCAAUGUCUUGUCCUCCUUGGUACUGGAGAGCCCUGUGGGAACUAUCUACAAUGCCCUCUCUGGGCUCAACGGCGACAGAGCAGCCAAGAUCCUCGGUUUUGUUGAAAACGUGAUCUCUUGA